UGUACAGCUAUGACUGAAUCCAGGAUAAGAGGAGAGUCGCUGCAUUACAGCAUCGGUAUCCUGGCUAUCAGUGCAGGAUCACUGCUGUUAGCUAUCCAUCACUACAGCACUAUCUCAGCUGCCAAUUUAAUCCCCAUCUCAGCACUUGGUAUCCUUUUAUUAAUUCUGAAAACUUGCUUUUCACAUUUAGGAAUCAGGAAGCAUUAUGGAAACAUUUCAUUAUGUGUCACAUUUUACUGGACCGUCUCAGCCUUGUGGUGCAGCUCAGGAGUUAACUUUAUACUGGCAGGAAAUGGCAUCAUCAACAUCUCUGAUAUGAAGAAUGCCAUGGUUCCCGGGCUAGCAGCAUUUACUGUAGGGCUUCUUAUUAUUGGAAUUGUGGGGGUACUUCAAAAUGAAGCUGUUGUUGCUUUAACGGCACUUGUGCUUUCUCUUUCAUCUAUUCAUGAAAUUGCAUUGUUCUAUAACAGCAGUGUUGGUACCUCUGCUAUUGCCUGCAAUUAUCUUAUUGUUACACUAAUUGGGGUAUAUUUCUUCAGUGGUCGUGUUUUAUAUUUUCUCAGUAAAAUGCGUAUUAACCUACCUGGAACAGACUUGUCUAAACUAAAAGAUAAGGACCAAGCUCCAUCAAAAUUUUCCAACAGAGCAGAAUUUUCAGCCACUUGUCUCAUUCUGAACAUGGUAGCCUCUAGUGUUUUUGGUUGCAGACUACUGCUUGUUACAAAUAACUUAUUUAUCGGCCAAGUAGCAUGGCUGUGGACUGCAGCCAUUUACCAGACAGGCAUAUGCAUUUUGUCAUAUCGUUCUUACAACAUGCUUGAUGCCACAUCUUUUGCCUUUUUUUCGAUUUUGAGGUUUUGUGAAGGGUACUCCCUAUUGCAGCUGUUCUUUGAGACAGGCGAUUUAACUUUCCCUGUUCCACUUUUUGUAGUUUUUGCCAUCCUGUUUUUUACUGUAUCGAUAUUUACAAGUAUUAAAAAUGUGCUGGACUCUGUAUAUUUACUCUUUUUUGUUGCAUAUUGCAUUGCUUUGGCCUGUAACCCCCAUGCCUUUUUUCAUGGAGGGUCACAAGGGGUGAAUAUUGCAAUAUAUGUGGCAUCCACAAUUCUGGUACUUAUUAAAAUCUAUAACUUAAAUUCUUCAGCGCAAAUUCCAACUGGUGAGGGAAUCAUCCAGAAAAUGUUUAUGAACAAAAACUCUUUCAAGCUUCGGCAAGGAAAAGAUGUAGAUGAACCUUUUCUUGGCUAUUCAAAGUAUAUGGAUGCUGAGGUACUUGCUUAUGCAUGUAGUGUCCUUGCAGCGUUUGCUAUGACAGUGCCAGGUAAUCCUGCAACACCUCUUGCUACUGUAGUCCUACCAUGGAUAGUAACAGCAGGAGGGCUUUAUAAUCUCAUAUGUGGAUCUGUGGCUUUCUCACGGGGAAAGACUCUUGAGAGUAGUACAUUUAUUCUUUAUGGCAUCAUGUGGGUUAUUUGGGGGAUCACACGGUAUGGUGGUCUCUAUGGAAUGAACAGAGGUUUCAACACUGCUGUAGGUAUUAUCUGUUUCAUUCUCUUCAAUACUUUCAUUGUAUUUACUACAUUUUUUAUCACAAAAGCAUGGCUUGCUUAUUCUCUUACCUUUCAACUCAUUCUUAUCAGUUUUCUUCUGGAUUCUCUGAAUGCCCUUCCUCUUGGCUAUGACAUUGCUGUCACCAUUAUUUUUGGCUUAGCUGGUUUCUACAGCUUCCUUGCUGCUCUAUUUAACAGCACCUUUGAAGGUUUCCAAAUACCUGUUGGCAGCCCUUUUUUAAAGAUUAGUGGUUUUUCCAAACACAAUUCCAAGUGCCCACAUCUGAUAUCAACACGGACCAGUUCAGUGAGGCAAAUUGCAGAUAUAAUGAAAAAUGGAGGUAUAUGUGGCAUUCCAACUGAUACAGUGUACGUUCUGGUGGCAGCCUGCAAUCAACCUGCCGCAGUUGAGAAAGCAUACAGGACUAAACGACAGGCUCAGGAUAGGCCAAUGUCACUGUGGAUUUCUAACCUGCAGCAAUUGGAACCAGCGAAGCACUUAUUUAGCCCUCUCUUAUGGGACUUCAUGCAGGCUGCCUGGCCAUCUUCAAUCAGCUUGGUCAUUCCACGAGGUCCAUGGCUUGAUGUAUUGGGAGCUAAAGACUCAUCGAAAUACAUUGGCACCCCCCAAAGCAUUGCUAUCAGGAUACCAGACUGCACUAUAACCACACACGUAAUAGAUAUGGUGGGUCCUAUUGCAGUAACUUCUGCUAACCCAUCUGGUGAAGCAGAUACAACACAUCAUAAUCAAGUCUAUGCCAAGUUGGGAGAUAAUGUCGAUGGAGUUCUUUGUGAUGGGGCAUCACCUGAAAACAUAGCCUCAACAGUGGUGGAUUGCACAAAAAUUGAUAGUGGAAACAUUGGAUUUUUCAGGGUUGGCAUUGUACCAAAAUCACAGGUGCUGCAGAUAUUAGAACAAGUUCAACAGAAGAACAAAUUAGGCUAUGACAACAGUGCCUAUUCCAGUUCCAUUGAAGAUCUCUCCGAAAACUUUAAUGGUUCAAAUGACAAGUUACGACAGGCUUCAAAUGCAGACUAUGACAUUUCUGAGCCAAACACAUUUGUGAAUGUUGGGUUAACACUGGAUGAAGUCAAUGAAAAAUGCUAAGCUUUUUCUCUGGAAUGAGACUUUAUAAUUUUUAUUUUGUACAGAACCUAGAGUGUCUAGUUUGUACAUAUGAUGCACAUCAUGUGAAGGACCAGGACCAAAGAGUUGAUUUAAUUGUACUAUGUAUAUUAAUAUUUGUGUUUUUGUUAUAAAUGAUCAUUCAUUGAUUCUGUAUUUA